AUGAACGCCUUAUCCAAACGACUGUUCUCCACUUCAUCUAUCGUCCGAUCGACUUUCACUGAAAGCGCCCUUCCUCUCGAUGUCUCAUCGCCUAUUCAAGCCAAACACUUACCACGAGUACUACAUCGUCGGAUAGCGAAACGAUUAUUUCAGAUAGCAGUCACAGAGGGACAGUCACCUUCAGACGUACCUCUACCUAAUCCCUUUCUGGUACAAAAGGGAAAUAGGAGAUCUGAUUCUGAAGUCACUGGUGAAGCUAGAUAUCAUUGGAAAAGACCUAUAAUAUCUAAUCGAAGGCAAAAACAAUUAUUACAAUUUUAUCCAGCUGUAGAUUUACCCAUAUCAGAUAAAUCUUCUGCCUCUUCUUCAUCGUCAUCAUUCCUCAGCUCUUCCUCACGACCUGUCAAAUGGGAUGAGGGAACUACGGUUAAUUGGACUGGUGAACUUAAAGUGAAAGAGGAACCAACGAAGAAUGGGGUUUAUGCAGGUAGAAAGAGAAUGUUCAAGGGACAUAAAGAUGAAAGAAAUCGAGAACAAAAGAUUGCGGAUAGACAAGUCAGAUUGGAUGGAAUGGAAAAGAGAAUAAAAGAGUGGAGACAGGGACGAAGUGAUGAGAAGAUCAGGAAUAGACCUUCUUUGCCUUUCUGA